ACUGAAGAAAGUAGGACCCAUAACCAUAACCCUCUGGAGUAUGCAGCAGGUCUUAGCCGUAUAGCUUUAGCCUUAGAGAUGUGACCGCAAAAUGAUCUAAUUUUCUUUGCAACCGUCAGAUGAAAGCGAUGCAACCUCUUCUUUCAUUUCGCUCUCACUCACACACACACACACACACACACACGCACCCUCUAUUCAUAAUUACCUCACUACCCCUCCUUCACCAUUUUCCACAGAACUCCAAAACCCAAAUAAAUACCUUCUAUCCGUCAAUUCAAUCUUCUGCUUUCUGGAUUCUUGCGCCUUCAGAAUCUUUUCCGCCAUUAUUCUCUCUGCUCUUUCCUCACAUUUCUUCCUGAAAACCAAAACCAAAGGCAUUCAUUGGGAUCCUCAGCAGAUUCUCAGAGCUACUACUGCUUUUGGCUUUCAUCACCGACACGCUUUUACUUUGCUUACGACUUGGUUUUUGUUUCUCUAAUGCCGUUUUGAGGUUUUUGGAUUUGAUUUUGGUGUGUAGUUCUGCUGCAUGAAGUUGUUUCGUUUCAGCUUGGAGAGAUUUUUUUUCCUUUAUUCUGCUGCGAGUUGAAGUUUUUGGAGCUCGAGGAAGGUGGAGCAAACGAAAAAGGGAGAAAUACCUCUUGGAUUUGCUAUUUGUUCUAAUUGCAUUUAGAGAGAGCUGAGUAACUUUGUCCCUUCUGUUAGUUAUGGCAACGUCGUCGUACGCGAUUGAGACUGACGGCCAGCCCUGUUGCUGAUCUUCUAUUUUCAUCUAAUACUGAAGGCUUGAAAUCUUUCCUUGAAAUGAGCUAUAGCCAAAGCAAGUAGGAACACUGCAAAAACAGCUGGACCUUACUGAACCUAUAUGGUUACAUGGAACAGUUUGAAAUUGAAGGAUAUUCAGAUUAUCAACAAUCCUUGGGUACCUCCGGGCGAGUUUCAUUGUGCCAUACUAACCAAAAUUUAAAGCUGCACGAGAAGUUCAAAAAAGAAAGGCAUAGCUUUACAUAUGGUGAGGUCCAUGAUAGCCCUUAUAGGACUUCAAGAAAUCAUCAGAAGGAUGAAAUUUCAGGAAAGAUAACCAAGAAGGAUGAAAUUGUGAGAUACAUGUCAAAUUUACCUUGCUAUCUAGAACGUGGUGAACACCUCCAGGAGAAAGUUCUUAGUGUGGGGGUGCUCGACUGGGGGCGACUAGAAAAAUGGCAGCAUGGCCACAAACAAUUAUCAAGCAGAAGUAGCUGGAAUCCAACAGUCAGAAGUAAUGGAUCUUCAUCCUCUUCAUCUGAUAGCUUGUCUCCCCAUUUUGGCAAAGAUCACAUCUCUCGUCAAAGAUUACAUCGUCCUUCACUCUAUUCUCACCUGUUAGCUUCUCCUCACUCUCAGUUCGUUAAAUCCUUCGGAGAAAGUGAAAAAUGCCAAGAUCUUAAAUUUGUCCAUAGUAACACCUUAAAAGGCCAAGGCAAGUCCAUAAAAAGCAACCAGCAGUCAUGUAAAACUGAUCGAGAAGUAAAGAUAAAACAGACAGAGAGAACAGGUCUAGAGACGGAAGUUCUCCGAGAAUGUAAAACUUUGCCAGAUGUGCUAAAUUAUGAGGUUGCAUCUUCUCGACGUGGGGAGCUUCUUGGAGUAGAUAAGUCUCGUGCACAAAAAGAUUUUGCAGAUGAGCAUGAUGUGUUGGAAAAGCCUGAAGCAAUUGUCCUUUUGCCCAGCAGCUUAGUGACAAUGAAUGAUACACAAGUCCCUGAGCGUUCGGAUUCUACACUCUUAUUAAAUCUAUGGUCCAAUGAAGCAGGUCAGCAGAGCUCAAUGAAGAGGUCUGCAGCGAGUUUCUCUCCAGAGCUCAACUGCAACAUCCCAAACUCAAGCAAAACACCUUGUGAAGUCAAUGGAAAUCAGUUUCCGUUGAAGCACAAUUGCUCCACAAAUGCAUCCAGUAAUUCUCGCUCUGUAUCCAGGUUAGCUAGAGCAGGAUAUAGUCCAUGCAAAGCUAGAAUAUCUGAAGCAGAAACAUCAGUUGUUGCACCUUUAAAUUCAAGGGUCAAGGAGGCAUCUAUUGGAUUGAAUCUGAAAGCAAGCACAGUUUCUGUUGACAAAGCAAGAAGCCCUUCGCCCUUUAGUCGAUUAAGCAUUAGCAUGGGUAGGAGACGUAAAAGUUCCAGUUCCAUGGGGAAUUCAUGUGCAAGUGUUCAAGGUUCAACACACAUACCUGUCCAAUCUGGAUCCGAGAAUGCUAUGCCUUCAGCUUGUGUGAAUGAGUUGAGAAAUGAUAGACCCAACAAUACAAGCAGAGCUAGUUCCAGCCCUCUUAGAAGGUUGCUGGAUCCUCUACUAAAGCCAAAGGCUGUGGUAUAUCAUCAUGCCGUAGAGCCUAUAGAGAAAGACUUACAUGACACGCCUGAUAAAAUAUAUGAUCGACAGUCAAAUUCAUCAACCUUACAAUCAAGGAAGCUUAUGCUAGACAUGAGCAGAUGCAGGAAAAUCAGUGUCAGUGAUACAGCUCUUGACAAGAAGCAAGGAUCUUCUGUAGUUCAUGCCCUUCUGCAAGUUGCAUUUAAGAAUGGUUUGCCUUUGUUCACUUUUGCAGUCGACAAUGUCUCCAACAUUCUUGCAGCUACAGUGAAGUUAACCAGCUCCAGAAAAGGGGCAGUUAGCCAUAUCUAUACCUUCUUCAUUGUUCAGGAGGUUAAAAGAAAGACUGGAAGUUGGAUAAAUCAAGGUAGCAAGGGGAAAGGUUGUGAUUACGUCUCCAAUGUCAUUGCACAAAUGAAUGUUUCUGAUUCAGAGAUUUCCCAGGUGAUCAGACCAUAUGAGCCUUCUACUACCAGAGAAUUUGUCUUAUUUUCUGUGGAUUUGAAACAGGCAGAUCGGCAGACCUCAGAUUUCCUACCAAACGAAGAGCUAGCUGCUAUAAUUGUCAAAAUUCCCCCAAAAAUCAAGCAAGGAUCUAGAGAAUGUUCUCCUCUUUCCAAGGGUAGUGAGCAGGUUCAGCGUCCUGGUGGUGGUGAGUCCUUUAUUAGUACAACAGUUUUACUCCCAAGUGGUAUCCAUAGCCUCCCCAGUAAAGGUGGACCGUCAUCACUAAUAGAGCGUUGGACUUCUGGUGGAUCAUGCGACUGUGGGGGCUGGGAUUUAGGUUGUAAACUCAGGGUUUUUGCCAAUCAGAACCAAAAAAUCGAGAAAUCAAGUUCAUCUCAAUCUUUUCCAAUAACAAAUCAGUUUAAGCUUUUCCCUCAGGAAGGAGUACCAGAAAACGAUUGCAUCCUGAGCCUGGCUGCUUUCAAAGAUAUGAUAUACUCAAUUGAGUUCGAUUCUUCUUUGUCACUUCUGCAAGCGUUCUCCAUUUGUCUGGCAAUGAUAGACGGUAAGAACUCAUGCGAACUUUCAGAAUCAAGUAUCUUAUUUGAAGCAAAGACUCCUGGAGAAUCAAAGUUAAUGCAUAAUGAUAGAUUGUGGACUCCUAAUCUUGCUGAAAGAGAGGAUCCUGCAGAACACGUAGCUUGUCCGCCACUUUCUCCUUUUGGAAGGGUCUAGCUGGAAACCUGGACUUCGUUAGAUGUGUAAAUGAUUUCAGGUAUAUAUUUCCAGGCCCGGCAAUCACAUUUUACUCUUGUUGAUCGGGACUUUUCACAGAUAGAUCCAGAACCUGAAAGGACCUUUUGUUUUUAGAACGCUCUGUUCAUUAGUGGUCAGUCUAUACACAGAGCCGAAGGUCUUUGUAGCUUUUAAUAUAUUUUUUAUAACAAUAGAGAGAAAAUAUAGUAUGUACUUUUGAGGGAAGCAAUCAAUAUCCAUCUAAGUGUGUAUAUUCAUGAGUAGACUGUAAAUUUCUUCGACCCUCUUUUUCUAGAUCCAUCUCACAUCAAUAACUGUACCUCUACUGCCUCGCCUAUAGGUAGUUUCAGACAGGUUUUUCUUAUGAGGUGGAUACUCAAAUGUCAAGUAUGGUUCAUAAUAAUCUAUCUUUCGGGGCAUAUAAUGAUUAAAGAAACCAAAAUUAUUGUUCUUUGUGAUCAUGAAACUAUUA